UGUAUAUACAGCAGUGGCAUUCCCCUCGCUAGUUGUGAUUCCGAUCGAUCAAUCACCACCACUUUUACCCCUUUCUUCUAAUUAUCGGUUCAAUCGCGACUAGUCAUUUGCAUGCAAUUCUUCCUCUAACCUUGGGACCAUGGAUGGAGUAUCGAUGGGGAUGGGCCCGGCCCCUGUGCGGAAACAUUUCGUCCUGUGCUUUGAUGGAACCGGCAACAAAUUCUGUGGGGAUGAGUCGGACAGCAAUGUACUCAAAAUCUUUCGGAUGCUUGACCGCAGCAAGAGUCAUCAAUUCCAUUACUACCAGCCUGGGAUUGGAACCUACGUUACCACCCACUCUCUGACAAGCCACAGCCGCUACCAGCGGAUCCGAUCAGCGUAUCUGAAGGCCAAGGAUUCUGCCAUCGGCUCCUCUUUCGACCAGCAUGUGAUGGGCGGAUAUAAGUUCCUGAUGCGGUACUAUUCUCCCGGCGAUGAUAUCUACUUCAUCGGCUUCAGUAGGGGGGCAUAUAUUGCACGUUUCUUGGCCGAGAUGCUUGACUAUAUAGGAUUGCUCGAGGCCGGUAACGAAGAGCUAAUCCGCUUCGCAUGGAAGACUUUUGCCAAGUGGCAGCAGCGACGAGAUGACACAGAUGAAGAGCGCGAAGAGAAGAAGAAGCUCUUUCGGUACAUGAAGGCAUUCCGCGAAACCUUCAGCCGACCAAUCAGUAGGAUCAGGUUCAUGGGUCUGUUCGACACCGUCAACAGCGUCCCGCGCUUCGAGUCAGCAUGGAUGCAGAGGAGCAAAUUUCCUUACACCGCUCGUAGUUCCGCCAAGGUGAUUCGACAUGCGGUCGGUAUCGACGAACGUCGGGCCAAAUUUCGCCAGGACCUGAUAUCGGAAGUGAGGCCCUGGGCUGAGAAGAAGAAAAAGGAGGCCCACCUGUGGGGACGCCAGAAACUCCAUCACCUUCGUCAUCCUGCUGAACGACAUGAUCACAAUGAUGUUCCCGCUAUUACCGUCAAUGAUGACAAUGGCGACAAGAAAAUAGACGAUGGAGUGCAACGGCACCCAAGACGAAGCCACGAGGAAACAGAGUCUGUAUACCGGAGCACUAACUGCUCUCGUGAAGACCUGCAUCAUGAAUCACAUCGAUACCGUGCUCACGCCUCAUCCAGCCCCAAUCGAAAACUCAGCCUGGCGGUGCCUGACAUGGCAGGAUCCGCAGAGGACCUUCAUUCCAUCCGCAGCGGCAAUUCCGGAUUAUCACUGCAAGUACCUGAGGUCAUUGCGCAGGCGGUUAUGAGUGACGAGGAGGAUGGUGGGCAAGACAUCCAAGAGGUUUGGUUUCCAGGCGGCCAUGCGGAUAUUGGCGGAGGCUGGAAGCUUGGUGAGGAUGAGGUUUGGCCAUUGAGCCAUGCUCCUUUGGUGUGGAUGGUCCAAGAAGCACAGCGUGCCGGACUGCAGUUCGACCCCCGGAAGCUGAAGCAAUUCGAAUGCUGUGAGGAAUUCGACGGAGACUACACUCCAAUCCAUGAGAAAACAAUCGACUGGAAUCGCGACAGUGACUUCUGCCGGGACCCAGUGCAUAAUAACGCAGACGACGGCCAGCCAUCCAGAUUUCGGCCAUAUGCAAAUGGAGAUACCUCAGAAUCGAGUCGCAACUUCCGCGAGGCCCUCCUUUGCUCAAGCACCGAAGGCUUGCUACACGACUGUUUGGAGUACAAGAUGGGUCUACCGGCUAUGUCAGUCCUUACUUGGAAACUGAUGGAGUACCUGCCCUUCCGCCGGAUGGAUCUUCAGAAGGAUGGCUCGUGGAAGCCGAUCCGCUGGCCACUUCCUUGUGGGGAGGUUCGUGAUAUUCCAAAUGAAGCUCAAAUCCAUGUCUCUGCAAUCCACCGGAUGAAUAGCGACCCUAACUAUCGACCGGGCAACUUGAUCAUUGGAGGUGGCGGCCGUGGCGUGAAAAGAGCACCCGCCGAGUACGGGAUCGGCGAGUGGGAGCUCAAGGCUAACGCGGGUGAUCCAGUGCGUGAGGUAUAUGUGCGCAAGGAGCCCUCGAAGAUGUGCAAAGAGGAUCAUCACUGAAAUCAGUCCAGCAAAAAACUAUUCAUCUUGAGAAACCGUAACGUGGUUUUCGUUCGGAGCAUUCAUACCCCUUCCCAGCUCCUGACUUCUGACCGAUUAGCUAGCUCAUUCGAGCUCACUCAUAAAGCCUUUCUACCAUAAUAUAUAAUCAUUCUAUUGACUACAUUCUUUGAGGCUUAAGUUCGAAGGGUAGACCAUGUGUAAGAUCAAGGUAC